ACCGAGAAACAGUCGGGCAUUAUGUGGUUGCACAGAUGUACUUUAUGCAGAUCUGCAGGUUUUAGGCUAAAACUUUCUGUAGAAGCACAUCUGUCAAAACAUGCUCUAGUGUUAAGAUGCAUUCGUUUUCAUGUGGAAACAAAGAAGAGCUUAUUGAACCUGCUCCUUUCCCCAGCAGUGCGCAACAAAAAGCUACUGUCAUCCCGAUGAAAGGGGCACCAGUGGUCAGACAGAAUGGCUCCAGUGAACCAGCCCAAGGACAAGAAGCAUGAAAAGACACAUGAGCAUCGGUCAGAAGAGGCAAUAUCAGCUGGGAAAAGGAAACUGGACUAUGAAGGACUAGAGAAUGUGCCACUAGCAAAGAAAUUGUUUUUGAGGAAAACAUCCAAAGCCCAAGAGAAAAUUGGUUGGAACAGAGGUGGGACUGUGAUGAAAAGUACCAGAGCCUUUUUCCAUCAGCCGAAGUGGCAGGGCAGCAUUGUUCAUUACGUCUACCAGAACAUGCUGGGAGGCUCCAUCCGGGCACAGCUCAGGCAGUGUCUACAGCUGCCCUUUCUGCGUUCACUGACCUCAUACCGCCUUUUUCGAACAGCAAGUCCCUUUGACAGGAGAGUGACUUGCCUGGAGUGGCAUCCAACACACCCUAGUACUGUAGCUGUUGGUUCCAAAGGUGGAGACAUCAUUCUUUGGGACUAUGAAGUACUUACUAAAACCUGCUUCAUAAAAGGGAAAGGGCCAGGAGAUUCUCUUGGAGACAUCAAGUUCAGUCCUUAUGAGGCAGUGAAGCUUUAUGUGGCAUCAGGGGAUGGCACCCUAAGUCUGCAGGACCUUGAGGGCAGAGCGGUGCAAGUGAUCUCCCGUGCCCCGGACUGUGGCCACGAGAACCAUAAUGUUUGCUGCUGGUACUGCAGUGUUGAUGUUUCUGCAAGCUGCCGUGCUGUGGUGACAGGUGAUAAUUUGGGCAAUGUGGUCCUGCUCAGCACUUCUGGUGAAGAGAUUUGGAGGCUGAAACUGCACAAGAAGAAAGUGACUCAUGUGGAGUUUAACUCUCGAUGUGAGUGGUUAUUGGCCACAGCAUCUGUGGAUCAGACAGUUAAAAUCUGGGACCUCAGAAACAUUAAAGACAAAGCAAAUUUUCUUCACGUACUUCCUCAUGACAAACCUGUCAAUGCAGCUUACUUCAGCCCAACAGAUGGUGCCAAGCUGCUGAGCACAGACCAGCGCAAUGAAAUCAGGGUUUAUUCAUGUUCAGACUGGACCAAGCCUCAGCAUCUCAUCCCACACCCACAUCGGCAGUUCCAGCACCUCACACCUAUUAAGGCAACGUGGCAUCCUCGCUAUGAUCUCAUCGUGGUGGGUCGCUAUCCAGACCCGAAGUUCCCAGGCUACACAGUGAAUGAGCUGCGAACUGUUGAUAUAUUUGAUGGAAACACCGGGGAGAUGGCUUGUCAGCUCUAUGAUCCGAAUGCAUCUGGUAUAAUCUCGCUGAAUAAAUUUAACCCUAUGGGAGACACACUAGCCUCUGGCAUGGGCUUUAAUAUUCUGAUCUGGAGCCGGGAGGAGAUGGUGAUGAAGAAGCAAGAGCAUCUUUUGAAAGCCAUGACAGAGCAGGGGAUUGGGAGCCGGAGUUUAUCCAGACGUGGAGGGCAGAGACAGGCAAACCCUGGGACAAGCAAACUCAAAGCUAAGUUAUUGUCUUGGGAAGUGGAAGAGAUGGGAACAAAACCCAAAGAUUCUAAAUCACGGGGAAGGAAGUGAAAAGGGAUCUAUAUAACUGAUAGAGUAUUUUGAUCCUUUUUUGAUCAUAGAAGACAAAUUCAGUGCUGGCAGUGGGCAGAAUAGGCACUGCAGGGCAUUAGCCUUCUACUUUGUCCUUCCUCCCUAGAUCUGAUCUUGCUUCCAUGAUUCUCUUUGCUUCUCCUUCUAGAGAGUUGCCAGUGGAGUUACCACUUAAUUUCUGAGGCACUUCAGAGUUUCUAAGGAAACUUCAGAGAUGUUUUCAGAUCCUGCUGAAGUUACUGCUUCCAGCCUGCUUGUUAUCAUAACAGUGUGAUAACAGGAUAUCAUCUCCUCUAGUCUGCUGUGGAGCAGCCCGUGAUGAGGUCUCCAGACUGUUCUAGUCAAAUUGAACUGAGGAAACCUUUGUUAGCAAGAUUCAUGUCUUGAAAGGUAGAAUGUUCACAAGGGUGAGGUGAUGGAUAGCUUGAGUGAGUUAAGGAAACACCAACCUUUCUCAUCUGCAAGCUUCUUGCAGCAUGUGCAUCUGUCAAAACCUCAGGCUAAGCCUAUUCUGCACCUGCAGCUAUUUAACUAGACCGUGGAAAACAUUAUGAUGCCACACCUCUUUAUCUGCCUUGUGGGAUGCAUAGGCAAUAUAGAGCUAAGAACCUACUGAUUCUUUGUCUUCUGAACUCUAGGCAUUUUUUUGCUACCAGUUAAGUAUUUUUUUUCACCCAUGCCAGCGUGCCUCAGAAUGUUGGGUGUGUUGUUAAGCAGAAAUGAGGGAUUUCUUUCAGAUGCCCCUUUUCAGAGUCAGAUCUCACAACUGCUGUUAAACUGUAAAAAUCUGCUUUUUCUGGUUUGCUUAUAAAGCUGUCUGGGAGCCUUGCUCCAGAGGUUGAUGAAUGGGCUAGGCUUUAGACCUGCUCAGAUUCUCUGUGUUCACUUUAUAGUUUUACAGCUUUGAUAUAAAUAAAAGUUUUGUACUAAACUGAAA